GGCUUCCGGAAGCUCAGCUCAAAAUGCUGAACUGCUCCUGGGAAGUCGCUGGUGCUGUGGUAGUUGGAGACUGUUUUCGGGCCUGAGCCUCGAGGCCAGGCUCCUGGGUGUCGUUAAUGUUCGGGGCCGCCGGGCGCCAACCGAUCGGAGCUCCAGCCGCCGGGAACAGCUGGCAUUUCAGUCGAACCAUGGAAGAACUGGUUCAUGAUCUUGUCUCAGCCCUGGAGGAGAGCUCGGAGCAAGCUCGAGGUGGAUUUGCUGAAACUGGAGACCAUUCUCGAAGUAUCUCUUGCCCUCUGAAACGCCAGGCCAGGAAACGGAGAGGGAGAAAACGGAGGUCAUAUAAUGUUCAUCACCCGUGGGAGACCGGUCACUGCUUAAGUGAAGGCUCUGAUUCUAGUUUAGAAGAACCAAGCAAGGACUAUAGAGAGAAUCACAAUAAUAAUAAAAAAGAUCACAGUGACUCUGACGACCAAAUGUUAGUGGCAAAGCGCAGGCCAUCAUCGAACUUAAAUAAUAACGUUCGAGGGAAAAGACCUCUCUGGCAUGAGUCUGAUUUUGCCGUGGACACCCUUGGGAACAGGACCCUGCGCAGGAGGAGGAAGGUCAAGCGCAUGGCAGUGGACCUCCCGCAGGACAGCGCUAACAAGCGGACAAUGACCCAGCCCCUCGAAGGUUGUAGAGAUCAGGACAUGGACAAUGACAACAGAGCUUACCAAUAUCAAGAGUUUACCAAGAACAAAGUCAAGAAAAGGAAAUUGAAAAUAGUUAGACAAGGACCAAAAAUCCAAGAUGAAGGAGUAGUCUUAGAAAGUGAGGAAACAAGCCAGACCAAUAAGGACAAAAUGGAAUACGAAGAGCAAAAAGUCUCAGAUGAACUCAUGAGUGAAAGUGAAUCCAGCAGUCUCAGCAGCACUGAUGCUGGUUUGUUUACCAAUGAUGAGGGAAGACAAGGUGAUGAUGAGCAGAGCGACUGGUUUUACGAAAAGGAAUCAGGGGGAGCUUGUGGCAUCACUGGAGUCAUUCCCUGGUGGGAAAAGGAAGAUCCUACUGAUCUAGACAAAAAUUUACCAGAUCCUGUCUUUGAAAGUAUCCUAACUGGUUCUUUCCCCCUUAUGUCACAUCCGGGAAGAAGAGGUUUCCAAGCCAGACUCAGUCGCCUUCAUGGAAUGCCUUCCAAGAAUAUUAAAAAAUCGGGAGGGACCCCAACUUCAAUGGUGACCACUCCUGGCCCAGUCAGUAACAAGAGAAUGGUUCACUUUUCCCCAGAUUCUCAUCACCAUGACCAUUGGUUUAGCCCUGGGGCUAGGACAGAGCAUGGCCAGCAUCAGCUUCUGAGAGAUAACCGAGCUGAAAGAGGACACAAGAAAAACUGUUCUGUGAAAACAGCCAGCAGGCAAACAAGCAUGCAUUUAGGAUCCCUAUGCACUGGAGACAUCAAACGGAGAAGAAAAGCUGCACCUUUGCCUGGACCUACUACAGCAGGAUUUGUAGGAGAAAACGCCCAGCCAAUCCUAGAAAACAACAUUGGAAAUCGAAUGCUCCAGAAUAUGGGCUGGACACCUGGGUCAGGUCUCGGACGAGAUGGGAAGGGGAUCGCUGAGCCGAUUCAAGCCAUGCAGAGGCCAAAAGGAUUAGGACUUGGAUUUCCUCUACCAAAAAGCAUCCCCACAACCACUGCCUCCAAUUCAGGAAAAUCCGCCUAAGAAGAAAAGCAAAGAAGAGAUGUUUUGCCAGUUGUGUUUGCUCUAUGUAUCCCAUUGUUCUAAAAUUACAACAUAGCUUCUAUUUUUGAAGCCGAAAUCUAACAUCAAAGCCUCAAACUUGUCACUCUAGCUUCCUAGCUGCAUACAGUUCUGCCACAGUGAUAGAAAUGGGAUUUCAUCACAAUUCAUGGUGCUAAAGUAAAAACCUUUACCUUUUAAAAAUAUUCCGCGAUUUACAUUCUAGGUGUAAAGAACAGCUCAAUUUCUCUUAUUUAUUUUGAUCUUGUAUGUCAAUAAUUUCUACUGCUUUAGCCUGAUUCAUUCAUGUGGGUGCUCGAUGCCCUGGCAACUGAGCACCCCCACGUUUCUAAAAUGGGAUUAGCCGGAAAGGAUUGUGUUUCACAUCAGCCCUGUCUGUUGUAACCGAAAACACCUAUCAUCACAUCAGUGAAGUCCUGAGCACAUCUUUGUUUGAAAGGCUGGCCAAUUUCAUAUUCCUUGCAUAUGGCUUUUUUGUUAGGAUUCUCUAACACGGUGACACCCGUUGUCUAUCCUUGGACAGUGUAGUAUGAAGUUCACAGUUGAGAAACAGCAAUUCAUGUUUCCCUCUGACAUGUCGACAAAAAUAAACCUCAUCGUUGUCAUCACCAGAGUGCCCUCAACAUGACUUUAAUGCAGAUUUUAUAAAUUUUACCUCAUUUAGAACAUAAAAUAAUUAUGGAAAGGAAAAUAUUUUUUAAAUUCACCAUGACUGAACUGUAAAUUCCAUGAAUCUAGACUUCCUUCUACCUCUUUCUUCCCAAAGGUUGAUAUUUUUUUAAGAUCAACUCAACUAUAGUAAACUGAUUUUAAAUUUUAACCAUCAGAGUAAGUUAGAAUAUCGACUCAAUUUAUUCGAAGAUUUAAGUGGCUCUCCCAAGAAUUCAGAUUUCUGGCAAUGGUCCAGCCCAUAUACAAGGUGAAUAAAAAAUGAAUGGUACUGAUUUGCCCUUUCUAACAUCUAAGCAGUUACCUUCAAACCAAGCAAAACAAGUCAUUUUCACUUUGUGCCUCGUAUUGUUAUAGCUGAAUCAUCUGCUUCCUAACGUCAGAGAUUCUAAAUUGCUCUUGGUUUAGAUGUUGAUUAGUUAUCUUCAUUAUUAAGGACUAAUAAUAAUAUUCUCUUUAUAAUGGCCUUUGUUGGUUGAGUGAAGGCCAAGAUAACUCACAUGAAUCACCCUUCUAAUGUUUUUAUUUUUUUAAACCUUUGCUUUUCUAGAGCAGUUUUAGGUUCACAGCAAAAUUAUGGGGAAGGUACAGAGAUUUCUCAUAAAUCCCCUGCUCCCACGCUCGCACAGCCUCCCCUGUUAUCAACUUCCCUCACCAGAGUGGGACAUUGUUACAAUUGAUGAACCUACGUUGAUACAUCAAAAUCACCCAAAGUCCACAGUUAGUCUUUCAGUUCACUCUUGGUAUUGAACAUUCUAUGGGCUUGGACAAACAUAUAAUGACAUGUCUGCAUCAUUAUGGUAUCAUACAGAGUAGUUUUACUGUGAUAAAAUUCCUCUGGGCUCCUGUCUAAUAGGCUUUUGGAAAUUUGUCAAUCCCCAAGAGUUUUUAAAGGGGGAAAGAGGAGGUUUGUGCAUGUAAUAGACCUGUCCCAGGUGGUCCCCGAAAGAAAAUACUGCCAGUUAGGGAGAGGAAGUUCAGCCUGCUAUUUGAAAGGCCUAAUGGUUUGCCAGAUUUCCUUUUAAGGACGCGUUCCUUUUAAGAAUUAUCUUCUUUCCUAGGAGUAUUGUGGUAAAAGGACAAGUUGGUUAGGGGACUACAGACUACCAGGUGAGUUGCUCUUAUGCUCUUCUUAGGCCAGCAGGUGAGCAUUCUUAUUGGAUGAAGUAACCUUGUUGUAUGAUUCUUUUCUACAAGUUUGUUACCUGGAAAUUCCACAUUUUUAAAAAAAGGUUUUUGUUGACUACUCUUUCUAUCUAUGUAAGGGGUAAAAUUGUCUAUAUUCCAGUUUAAAACUUCUUUAUGGUAGUAUACAGUGCUCUAGGAUCUGUUCAGAAGUUUCUUUUUGUUUGUUUGUUUGUUUGUUUAAUUCCAUUGCCUGAAGAUCUUCUAAAAUCCUAGAAUUUUGAAAAGCCAAAUGUGGAGCCACCGAUAACACACAAUGAGAUUAUUGUGAGACUGACUGGUCCUAAAUUCCUAAGGACUUGACCGUUCUUUUUCCCUUUACCAUGUUCUAACCCUCACAGUGAAGAAGAACAGACCAUAUAUACCAGCUGGCACGGGGGAACUCCUUAACUAAAUAUUGCAGCUGUAUGAAUACUUUUUCUUGUCCUCCUGGACUACCAACCUUCUGAAGCAAACCUUCUCUAAGAUAUCACUGAGCUUGGGUGCUCUCUAACUCACCCCCCCCAAAACAAGUCAUCUUUAUAUUUUCCCCUGAUAGAAGAAAGGUCUCCAUCUUGACAUCUAGUGCCCUCUCUGUGACUCACAGAGGAUUUCAAACAUCUCUUAUCCUAUGGAAGUGUUUAACUAUACAGAAUCCGUGAAUCAGUACUCAAAGCAGAGAGGUGGCUACAUCCCAAGCAUCCCCCCUGCCCUCACACAGACAUGCACCAGGAGCACAUACAUCCCUUCACCUUUCAGUGAAAUUUAAGAAAAAUCAAUGCACACCUGAAGUUCUCCUUGGACCUGAACUGAAUCGGAGAAAUAAACCCAAUUGAAAAAUGCAAUUUGUAAUGCAAGUUGAAUAUCUUUUAAGAUAUGAAGUUCACUAAUUUAUGUUUUAUAGAGACUUAUAGUUAAUUUUUACCAGUUCCUAUGCCCAUAGAACCCAAAGCAUCCAAAGGAAUUCAUCCUUUAGAAUGUAUCAAUCAUAUCUCCUUAAAAAGGUGGUUAGAUUUUUCUCUUCUUCAUAAAGCCAACUCUUCUACAGUAUCUAAAGCUUCAUAUCAAAUUAAUUGCUUGUACUAAAAAUUUUAGAGAGUACAUUGGUCUCUUCCACUACUAUCCAAAUUAUCCAGUCCCAGCAGUAGCCGAGAGAGGGUGAGUGUGGCUACAUUAGCACUUCAACUUUUUGCCUUUAUAUACGUGUUAUACUUGAUAUUAACCAGAUUGUGUGUUGGGGUCAUUUCCUUCCUUCCUUCCUUCCUUCCUUCUUUCCUUCCUUCCUUCCUUCCCUCCUUCCUCCUUUUUUCCUUCUUUCUCCCCAAAUACAAUUUUUAAGGCUAUGUUCCCCCCUCAAAUUUAUUUGCUUUUAUUUUUUAAUUAUAUGGUACCCCUUUAAAAGAAAAUCCAUUGCUAACUAAAAUUUACCAAUUAACUGGUCUCAGCAUUUUAAAACAUAGAUUUUAUAACACACACUGUUGCUAUCAAACAGAAGUUAAGACAAGUAGGGUUAAAGAUAUGCCUAAUAUAUACAUAUAGGUAUGUUUACAGGGCACAUAUGUGUGCUAUAUACAGACAUGAUGGCAAAAUAAUUGCAUUUUAUUAAUAUUCUUAUUUUCGCAUUGUGAAUUGAUAUUCUUGCAAUUAAUCGAACUGACAAUUGCUUCUCUUCAAUAUAUUUUCAUUUUGAGCAGAUAUUUCAUGAAAGAGAAAAAUCACUGUUGACAUGCCUUUUAAAACCAUUUCCUCCUGUACUCUGUCUUUCUAAAAA